GUCGACUUGAUUUAAGAAGACACUGAACUGAGCUUUAGUAUCCACAGGCGGUGAAACGCACAGCUCUUUGUUUUGCAGGUUCUCUCUCCCCUCUCUCUGUAUAUGUGGUUAUAUUAUUUACGCUUUCUUCAAUGUCAAUGUAAAAAGCCCUCUCUGAAUUGUCUGAUCUUGUACAUGAUUAUGCUGUUCUGUUUAGAUGCAAAAUUAACACAUUAAUUGUAACUUUUGCUUGUGUUUGAAACAAAUCUCGAAAACCUUGUAAGAAGUUCAAAGCUGAUUCUCAUCUUUAAUUAAUUAAUUUAUUUUUAUUCAAUUGCCUAGCUCAUCCCCUCAAAAAGUUUUUUUGUUAUGAACCACAAAUUAAAGAUCUUUAUAAUUAAGGAACAGAUUUUGAGUCCUUGCGAAGUGUAUAAUUAUUGCCUUUCUAGAAUCGGGUAAGAGAUCGUACUAGACCACUGAAAUCUACUGAUGUCAAGACAGUUUGUAAGUGUUGGUGAUCAUCUAAGUAAAGAAAAUGAUGAGUUGAAGGUUUUCAACUUACUUCUUUUUUUUGUUCUUCAAAUAGAAUCCCUCCAACAAUGAGAUUUAGGGUCAAGUUCUGAUGUCUAAUCCUUAUUGAAUAGGUGUAUAAAGAGUUCUUGAAAUUUAUCUGAUUCAGAAGGUGGAUAAUUUUUCUUAAUUGCUUUGUAAUUGAGUGAGUUUUUUUUUUUUUUUUUUUUGUUAACUUGAUAUAUCCUUAAAAGUGGGUUUAACCUGACCUCCCAUGGAAGAUGGGGUUGCAGUUUGAAUGAGAAAUGUAGUAUGGAAGAAAUAACUUUAGUUAAUAGGAAAUCAUACUUUGCGUGGUUGUGUAUAAAUUGUUUAACCACCUCUAGGUUUGUUAUUUCCACCUCAAGGACUAAGAAUUUUUCUUCUUUUUUCCUCAAAAAAUUAUAGAUUUUUUUUCCCUAAUUGGAACUGGAUUCAGAUCACCCUCAGAAAAAGAAAAGGAAAAAAAAUGGUAGAAGAGGCGCUCGGGUGGGUGGGGAGUUUGGGGGUUCAAAACACUAUCUUAACUCUAUUUGAACCAUGUAACAAGUUUAGAAGACCUUUUUUGUUUUGGGUACAGGGCUACGGUACAUAAACUGCCCUGAUAUCCACGACUGGGUGACAGUGUAGUUGAUUAAAUACCAAUGUCAUGCAUAGGUCUUGUAAAUGGAUUAAAUUCUGAUGACAUGAUACUCUUGAUCUGGUAAACGUUAUAUGAUACACUAACCAAUGUCGAACCAAAUUGCAUUUGUUAAUUUACGAAGUGAUCUUGGACUUAUGUUGAUCUAACCCAAUUAAACAAUAUAUUAUGUGUAAAGAACUAUGUGGUAUGACACAUUUAUAUAAUAUAUAUACUAGGAGUAACAAUUUGAUGUGGAUUGUUAAAUAACUAAGAUCUUACCAUGGACAUGGUGUUUUUUUUUUGUAUAUUUCUUCAAGUAUCUCAGCUUGAUAAAACCACAGAAUUUUAAUUUUUUUUUUUUGUUUUAGUAUGUAAAAUUCAACUCAUUGUCCAAAGUUUAUUUAUUAAAUCUUCUCUGAUUAGACUGAUUACCAGAAUGAAGAUCCAAUUUUUAAGAAAUUCAAUUCAGUUAUUAGUUUUCUUUUGAUAAAUAAAAGAUUCAUCAAAAAAAUGCUAAAAGGAAGGUAAUAUAUUUUUUUUGCUAAAACGAGGGUGGCACCCAUUUAGACAUGAAGUAUCCAGUAGCACGCUAACACUAAGCUCCAUCCAAAUAACUCAAGCCUUUCUAAGAAAUUAAAGGAAUAAUUUCCCUGACAUACAUACCAAAGGGAGCUCAAUGUCAUUUAGUUUUUCUUUAAGCUUAGGAAGCAGCAACUCCACCUUGAAGCGGCAUCUUAACCUUCAAAAGUUCAUGUAUUGCGCUUUACUACAUACAGGUAUCACUUUUUUCUUUCUCUUUAAGAUCCCUGCAACUAAUCUGGGCAUUACUUAGUGAACCUUAUAAAGAAAAAAAAUCCCAGAUUAGUUGCAGGAAUCUUAUUCAGCUCAUAAGGGGGUUGCCAAAGGGGAAAAAAAAAGGAAAAAAAGAAAAGAAAGAAAAAGAAGGUGAAGAAAAAGUGACCAAGAAGUCAGUGGCCUAGCGGUACCAAGCCCCUACUUCUCAAAGGGAGGUCAGGGGUUCAAACCUCAGUGGAGCCAUGGGUGUGUGAGUACCAACUAAGAAAAAAAAAAAAAGCUCCAGAGUCUAGCAAUACUGUAGUGCAGUAAGAGGUAAUUAACUGUCUUUCCUCCACUUGCAUACAACACCAAUUAGGAAGCAGUUUGUCCCUAGUAGGUUUUCAGCUGUCAAGAUUGCUUCCUUGGUUGUUGCUCAUUUCAAAUAUCCACCUUCGAAAGCACCUUAUUAUGUCAAAUAGCUUUCUGAGAAAGCGUGAAGCACCCUCACUGGACAACAUCAUUUUAUAAAACGAUCUCGCCUCAAAUUACUAUUCCUAGAUAUCCUCCUCAAUACAUCAUGCGAAUCUCCAAAACUGAGGGACGUUACAGCAACCCAAAGAACUCACCCACUACUUUCUACUACAAAUUCUGUGUGACUCUGCUAGAGGAUCUAAAUCACUCCACUAUUAUCAAAAUCUCAAAUAGUCCCCCUCCUCAUCAACUUUUAUGCCAGAGUGGUAUAAAAGAUCCACUUUCAAGGUAACAACUAUACAACAAAUUUUAUUCCAAACCAAAAGUAACUUCAAGAAAUUUAAACGUUCUUUCUUGAUGCUUUUCUAAUCCAACCCAAUGCAAACUUCUAUUGUCAUGUCAGAUUUUUUAAACAGUUCCAAUUAGAGUGCUUUUCCAAUGCCUCAAAUUCUGAUCACCUACAAUCCACCUCAAUCAGAUUUGUUACUGUCUUAGUUAAAAUAAUGAGUCAACAAAUUACCCUAACACAACCUAAUAACCAUUUAAACAUAAAUUUAUUGAAGCAAAACAAAUUUAAGUGCAUCCUUGGAUGUAAAAAUCACAACAUUGCUCCUAUCAACUUUUCACCUGGAAGAGUUCUCAAUUACCAUUUGUGUUUCAGACGCAUCCAUACAAACUUAAAAAUCGUGGCAUCAAAUUCAUGGAUAAUGUGAAACUUAUCAACAAAAACACCACCAAAAAAAAAAAAAAAAAAAUCAUAGACAACAUGCUCACUUGCAAUUUCAAUGCCCGUUUCAAUUAUAUACUUUGUGGUUUAUACUUUGGUUCACGAACAGUUGAUAUGUUUUUUGAAAUACCCAUGUUUGAAGAGACAAGGUUAUGGCAAUGGAAUAUUUAUGUACUACGUUUACUAACAAAUACUUGCCAAAGUUGACUGUCUGGUUGUCCAAUGUUUCUCCUUUCGACACAUGGACAUUUCAAAGCAAGUGUAUGUAUCCAUGUUGAAGAAGCUAGUGUACGUACAAGUAUUAAUCGAUUGACGUAGCUAGUGUUGUUAGGGGCUUAUUUGUUAUUACUUAUAUAAUAUUGUGUGUUAAUGUGUAAUUUUUUUUUUAUACUUGUUAGCAUAAAUAGAAUGUGGUGGAAGGAUGAAAGUAUUCUUUCAUUCUUUUUCUCUUUCCCCAUUUUUCUCUCUUUCCUCCUCUUUCUUCUCUUCUUCUACUUUACUUAUGUUUUGAUUAUCUCUUAAAGUCAUCAUGGUAUCAGAGCAUGGUUCGUAAAACUCUAGAAACCCUAGGGUAAGUUUGUGUAAACUCUAACGGGUUUUGAAGAGAUUCCAAGAUGGGAUUUUGUUGAAUCUUUUGAUUUAAAUUGUGAAACAUGUGUUUUUGCCAAACAAUGUCAUGUUUCUUAUCCUAUUAGUAUUAAUGAAAGUACAACUCCUUUGCAGCUUGUUCAUUCUAAUGUUUACUUGGUUUUCGCUAUUUUGUGUUUUGUUGAUGACUUUAGUUGUUAUACUUGGCUUUAUCUUAUGAAUACCAAAGAUGAAGUUUAUUCCAUUUUUAAAACUUUGCAUAAUAUGAUAUGUACUCAGUUUGGUUGUCCCUUCAAAAUCCUUCGAUCUGAUAAUGGAGAGUUUAUUUAUGGUGGUCUUGCCUCCUUUUUUGCUAAUAACGGGAUUGUCCAUCAAACCUCCUGUGCCGAUACACCACAACAGAAUAGUGUAGCUGAAAGAAAACAUCGUCAUAUUACAGAGGUGACCCAUUCUCUUCUAGUUAGGAUGGGAGUGCCUAAAGGUUAUUGGGCUGAUGCAACCUUAACAACCACAUACCUUAUUAAUCCCAUGCCUUCUACGGUUCUUGGUUAUUAAUCCCCAUUUUCUAUCUUACGCCGUCACACUGCCUUGGUUAUUGUCCCUUUGAAAGUGAUCAGUUGUGAUUGUUUUGUUCACAUUCAUCAUCGUAAGGACAAAAUUGACCCUAAGGCAAUCCGAUGUGUCUUUCUUGGAUACUCUGCCACUCAGAAAGAGUAUUGGUGUUAUAACCUUACCACUAGCAUCAAUUUGUCUCUAUGGAUGUCAUUUUCUUUGAAUUUGUUCCUUUCUUUUCCACUGCUCGGGACUCUAUAGGGAGAGAAUACAAUUCAUGUAGAUAAUCCGUCUUCCAUUCAGAGGGAAUGCCCCUUUCCAUUUCCUGUUCCAUUCAGGGGGAGCUUCUCACUGAGGUACCUAUGUCUACUCCUCCUAACGCUAAUUGUCUAUACUAGGAGGGCAAAACAAGUCAUUGACUUUCCCCAGGACCAAGAAGUCUCCCUCGAUCCAGGUAAUCCCUCAGUUGACAUUGAUACUCCUGAUUCUUUUCCCAAUAACAUUCUUGUUGAUCUUGAUGUCCCUAUUGCCUAUCGUAAGGGUGUUUGUAGUUACAAAACUUCCCAUAUCUCAGUUUGUAUCCUAUGAUGCCUUAUCUCCAGCAUAUCAUAGUUUGUAUCCUAUGAUGCCUUAUCUCCAGCAACUGUAUGAUGCAUAUAGUUGCCAAGAUGAUUCUAUACGUGUCCUUUUUUUGGCAGCUAAUUUGAAUUGGCUUUUACAUCUGUAAAGAAUGCUUUCCUUCAUGGCGACUUGAAGGAAGAGGUGUAUAUGACUAUGCCACUAGGUUUUAAACUUGCCAAUGGUCAAAAUGUAGUUUGCAAGCUAAAUAAAGCCUUGUUUGGGUUAAAACAAUUGUCGUGUGCUUGGUUUAAGAGGUUCAACACUGCUGUGAAAAUAGUAGGGUAUACACAGAGUCGUGCAUAUCAUAUUCUCUUCAUUAAAAAGCAAUAGGGCUGCAUCACUACCCUUAUUGUAUAUGUUGACGAUAUUGUUGUCAUUGGAAAUGAUCUGGAAUGAAGUCAUUCUUAGGGACAAAGUUCGAGGUUAAAGAUCUCGGAUCAUUGAGAUACUUUCUUGGCAUCGAGGUGUGUAGAUCCAAGAAAGGGGUGUUCAUUUCUCAUCAAAAGUAUGUGUUGGAUUUGUUGGCCUAUUGAUAUCCCCAUUGAGCGAAACCAUAGGCUUAAUGAUGUGGAUGGCGACCCAUUAGGUGAUAAAGAACCGGGCCUGGCCCGAGAGCUUGAAGUCCAUACGGCCCAUGCCUAUUAUUGGAGACGUGGGAAGGGAAGAUAGAAUUAGGGAUUUUUGAGUUUUAUUAUUAUUAUUUGAUUUUAGGAUUUUUAUUUAUGGUAAUAGUUUGAUUAUGGUUUUUCUUCUAUCCCUAUAUAAGGUUGGUUAAGACAUUGUGAAAGAGAUCUUUUGAUGAUUAUUAUUGAUUUUGAAUUUUGAGAUUAUCGUGAAUUCUUCUUCUCUUCCGAAUUCUCUUCCCUCUAUCCUUCUUACCUUUCUCUCUCAAUCUCUUUCUGAUUCCACUUGAAUUCUGAUUUUGAAUUGCCCCUACCCACUGCUGCAUCAAUUGGUAUCAGAGAAAAAUAUUCAAGGCUCAGCCAUCAUCUUUUUUAGCAAAGGAAAAAAAAAGAAAAGAAAAAGUUCAGCAAUAAUCAUUCUUAACCUUACUGAUCACACAUAGUACACUCACUGUCUGUUCAUUGUCUUCUGUCAUCCACCCAAAAUACCUCUAUCCGCUGCGUCCAAAACCCCACCACAAUCCAUCCAUCCGUCUGCCCUAAACCAGCCCCUGUUCAUUUAGUUCUUCACCCACUCUAGUGAAAACCAUAACAGUUAAUCUUUCCGGAGUUUUCUCGUUGCCGCCGUCACCAUCAUUACAUCUCUUGCUGUCAGCCAGCCCGUCGCCGAACAGUUUCACCAGAGUUUCUUUUUGAUCAUUGCUGCCAAUCGCAACUUCAGCCGAGAAUUCAGUAUUUGAUUUUGGGAAGUUGAAUUUAAUUCAGCGUCAUCUUCGCAAUUUUUGAAAGUCAGCUUUGGAUUAUCGCUUUGGAAAGAUCAGGCUUGGGAAAUCAUAAUUGAAUUGGAAAGGAUAUAUUUUGUUUUCCUUUUAUAUCAGAUUUGACCAAACUCAAAUUUAAAUUAAAGUGAGAUCUAAUCAGGCCUAGGAAGCAGUGAUCCUGAUCCAUCCGGCCCAACUCAAGUUGUCCCGGCUUCAAAUUACUACUGUAUGCGCCUUGCCAGAUUAAAAUCAGCCCAGCUUCAGAACAGGCCCAUCCCAACAGUGAUCCAGUAUUAAAAAAAAAACCUCAGCCCAAGUUCAAUACUCGGUCAGAGCCCAGAUAUAUGAUUCAGCUCAGCCUUGUUUGGUUAUAGAUUGAGAACUAUUCAAGUUAAUUUCUGAAACCAGUUCAGGUUUGAACCAGUUCUGCAGUUGGCCAGUUUUGGAGAAGAAGAAGAAGAAGAAGAAGAAAGUAAACAGAAACAGAAUUUCUAUUACAGUUCUUCAGCCACUUUUGGGUAAUCUUCAACACUUGGGAGCUACAGAGGACUUCGGAAAAGUGGAAUUUCUUGCAUCAGCAAUGGCCCAGAAUACAUUGGCACAGCGGAAAGAGGAGAUAAUUGAACUGUUAAGGGAUACAAAAGUCAAAACAAUUGUUCUCGUUGGGGAAUCUGGAAUUGGUAAAACAUGGACUGCCAGAGAAAUAACCAGGCGCGCAAUUAAGGAUGACUUGUUCGAGUUCAUCCUUUGGGUGUUUCUGAACAGAGAAUAUGACAGCAGUGCUCUCCAUGACAGCAUUGCUCGUCAGUUGUGUCUACUUCCCACCGCUGAGGAGGGGGAAAGUGAGGAUGACAAAGAGGAGGCAGAGAAGGAGGAGAAUGGGAAAGCCUUGCAGCAACAGAUAUAUGCAACACUUGAAGGAAAGAGAUUUCUUAUAAUUUUGGAUGAUGAAGGAAAUAAAAUGGAUGAAAAACGGAUUAUGUCCGAACUGGAAACCCUGCGGAAUAUUAGCCAGCAAAGCUCAUGUAAGGUUUUAAUCACUAGCGUGAGCAACCACAUUAAUACAGAAACGAAGAAAGUGUAUGAGGUGAAGCCUUUAUCCAUGGAAGAGUCAUUUUCCUUAUUGCAAGAAAGAGCGGGGACAUCAGUUGAAGUUCCUGGUAUUAAAUCGUUAGCUGAAACUUUAAUAGAAAAGGCUAGAAGGUUACCUGCUGCAGUUCUUGUGCUGGCAAAAGCUUUAAGACAACAUGACUCGGGGGUGCGGUUGCUAGAAAGUGCUUUGGAGGAAGCGUCUGAUAAUGAAAGAUAUAACAUAACACAGUUACUAUGCACUGGGUAUGGCAUGCUGCCACUCAGUGUUCUAAUCGAUUGCUGUUGGCAUGGCAGCCCCUUCUUCCGCAAAGGUGGAAGCAUUCAUUACAAUGAGUUGAUAGCUUACUGGAUGGUUGAAGGAUAUCUUGGUCACAUCGAUUGUAUUGAGAAGGCUUAUGAGAAGGGCCAUCAUACUUUGAUGGAGCUUAUAGAUUAUGGGAUACUGAAAAAGGUGGAGGCUGAUUACAUUAUCAUGGAAGGAGCAAUGAUGAAUUUGGAUGACUACCAUUGUUGUGGAUUUGGUGGGGUAUCCAGUCUUGGAUUGGCUAAUGUGUUUGUGAAUAGCAAGUGGGAAGGCCUUGGGAAAAUCACAUGGGCUGAUGGUAUGAUAAAAACACUUUGUGCUGGUAAACAAGGGCAUAAACCCUUGACAUUGCUGCUCGAUGGAACCCGUCUUGGCAGGGAAGUCCCAGACAAUUUCUUUGAUUCCAAGCAGGAUCUCCGAGUUCUUGCUCUUUUUAACCCAACUCUGAAGUCACUACCAAGUCCCUUGGAUAAAAUGGUUGAUCUUCGUGUGCUUGUGCUCAGAGGCUGUGAAUUUUUGGAGAAAAUUGACCACACCCAAAAACUUAAAAAUUUAACUGUUCUUGAGAUAUCUGGUGCUACCUCCUUGAAAACAAUCCCAAAUGAUUUUCCUGAUGAUCUUUUUCAGCAUAUGCCCCACCUUCAGAGCCUCAAUAUGUCUGCAGUCCAGAUUGACAAGUUACCUUCAUCUAUUUAUGAACUUAGUGAACUAUGCUGGCUCAUCCUUAAAGGGUGUUCUCGCUUAGCAACACUGGAAAGUUUGAGAAAACUUAAUAAACUUGUGGUGCUUGAUCUUUCUGGUGCUACCUCCUUGAAAACUUUCAAAGACAAAACCUUUGGUCAAAACAAGGAACUUAAAAUGCUUGAUCUUUCCCAGACCCAGAUUAAAAGCUUACCAAAACUUCUGAAUCUUGGAGAUCUCACUCAUCUCUCACUAAGUGGCUGCAAAGUCUUAGAUAGACUACCCAGUCUUCAGUCACUGAGCAGUCUACAAAAGCUUGAUCUUUCAGGUGCUGAAAAGUUCAAUGAAUUCCAUGAGCAUUCAUUAAAAAAUAGUGCUGAUCUUAAAAUCCUUGAUUUAUCAGAAACUGCUGUUAAAUGUCUCCCUUCCAACAUUAGCAAUCUUCAUCGUCUCUUUUUAAGACGAUGCUCUCAGCUAAAAAGCCUAUCUGGCACUGAAGGACUAAAUAAAGACCUCGAGAUACUUGAUCUCGCAGGUACUCAUAGUCUGGUCGAAAUUGCAGCCAAAUUCUUUGAAUAUCUGAGGUCCCUUCGAAUCCUUAACCUCUCAGAAACCAAUAUAAAAGCAUUACCAUCCAUCGUCAAUCUUUGUAACCUUCGUCAGCUUGAUCUUUCAGGAUGUAGUGCUUUGACAACAAUAGAAGAUAAAUCUUUUGAGCAUAUGUCUCGCCUUCAGAAACUUGACCUUUCUGGAACAAAGAUUGAAUACCUGCCAUCCCUUUCAAAUUGUAGCAACCUUCGUCACCUCUUACUCAAAAAAUGCACUAAUGUGAAGGUACUUCCACAGAUUGAAUCUCUUUCAAAACUUGAGGAGCUAAACUUAUGUGGUAUCAACUCUUUGAAAGAAGCUAGGGCUAAUUUCUUUGAGAAAAUGGGCAAUCUUCAGAUUCUUGACCUCUCGGAAACCCAGCUUGAACAGUUACCAUCCAUGGAGAACCUCAAAAACCUUCGUCAACUUUCUCUGAGAGGUUGCCCACACUUAAAAAUGGUGCUAGAAUUGGAAGCGCUUACAAAGCUUGAGAUUCUGGAUCUUUCUGGAACGGCAGUUGAUUCUCUACCAGCAUUUAAUGAUUUUAGCAACCUCCGGUCUCUGAUGCUUACGGAUUGCUUUUGCUUAAAAGAUUUUCUGCAUCUGAAGGUUCUUGAUCUGUUGGGAGCCACUGAAGUAGAACUUCCCUAUGGGAUCUCAAAAUUGACUUGUCUUGAUCACCUUGAUCUGCCAAACAUGGACAAUAUUCAAAAAGCUGAAAGUGAAAAUGUUAAGGCCCCACUAAAAGAUCCAAAUCGGUAUCAGUGGAGCCUCUCCGGUUUGCCAGUUGAAACAUUCGCGAACAAUGUCAGAUCUCUCAUAUCUGUGAGUAGUACUCAAUUUCGUCAAGUUUUGGAGAAAAAUCCCUCCUUGUGGGAAACAAGCUUCAAGCAAUUUCAUUUCUGUGUUCAUCCAGUUGAUGGGCAAAAUAAAAAUGGGGACAGAUUCUUUUGCCGAAAUGAACUUAUCUUCAGGGAUAUCCACUUACAAAGUAGGCAACUUGUUCAUUGGAAAGAAGGAAGAUCAUUGGAGAUUUGCGGAUUUGAUCAUUUUCCCAAGGGUAUUGAGGAUGUUCUCAGUCAUACUGACUGUUUACUUUUAAUAGAUAAUAUGGCUGAAAGAUGGUUAUCUGAUUUAGGAGCCUCCAACCUCAAGGUAAUGAAAGGAUGUUGGAUUGAGAGAUGCAGACAAAUGGAGAGUGUUUUUCAUGCAGAAGAAACCGAAGAUAUUGCUAAAGUGGGGGAAAAUUUGGAAAUUCUAGGUGUUUCAAAUGCUGUUAGUUUAAAGAGCAUAUGCAGUGGAAGCCUGCAAUGCGAGCUCUUUCAAAACCUGAAGUGUCUGUAUCUAGAUUGCUGUCCAGAGCUUUCAAAUGUUUUCUCUUCAUCCCAGCCGCCAGUGAACCUCAAAGUUCUUCAUAUUAAAUUUUGUGAUAAAUUGGAAACCGUGGUUGACCAAAUGUCACCAGAUCACCCUGGAUUGCUAAAAUUAGACAUACUGCAUCUGUUGGAGCUACCACAAUUGAAGAGCAUUGGGUGCAAGUUGCCAUCUCUACAAACUCUAAAGGUCCGGCAGUGUCCAAAAUUGCAGAAGUUGGAAGAAUAUAUCAAUUUGGCUGAAAGUUUACAGAUUUUAUUGAUUUCCAAUGUUACUGAUUUGAGGAGCAUAUACACUGGCAUAAGGCAACCCGAGUGCUACAAAAACCUUAAAACUUUGAUUCUUGAGAGUUGCUCUAUGCUUGUAAAUGUUUUCUCUUCGCCCCAGCCACCAAUGAACCUUGAGACUCUCCAAAUCAAAUCUUGUGAUAAAUUGGAGACUCUGUUUGAACACAGCUCAUCAGUGGACUAUACAGUGCCAGCGCUGCACACUUUGCAUCUGCAAAAACUGCUGAAAUUGAAGAAGAUUGGGGGUAAAUUUCCAUCUCUACAGAAUCCAAUUGUCAAUGGAUGCCCAAAUUGCAUCGACCUCCCAGUGGCGUGAAUGACAAGGUUUCUGUUACUUAUCAAAGAUAAUGACAUGGGACGAAGAAAAAAGGUGAUCAGAGAAACAGAAACUGACUGGAAACAAACUUAACCCAUGUCUCAUGCUAGAUGCUCAAGGCAAAUUCCCUUGAGAUGCUGAACAAUUCUCACCUUUAGCAUUCCGCAUCAGAUUUCAGGUUUUUGUUAUAAGUUUUUUUUUUUAAUUCCCUUCUUUUUAUACGCACAGCAUCCUUGUUUCAUCUUUUCCACUGUACUCCCAUCUACAUCCAGCUAAAAUAAUUAUUUCAUUUUGCCUGCUUUUUACUCUAUCAUGACCUUCUUGAUGUUUCAGUUCACAAGUCAUCUAUCACACAAUGAGAGCCAAUCUUUUUUUGUUCAUUACUUGAGUUAUGCUAAAAGUGUUAUAUCUUUUAUUUGUGAUAUUGAAGGUCAGGGUAAAACAGAAAUUACUGAUUUCAGGUUGCAGUAAUUGGUGUUGUGCCAUUAGGCUGUUUGUGUUUUGUGAAUAUUUUUGUUGUCUGGAUUUAUUGAUAUGUAGUACUCACCUGACAGGAUUGGCAAUGAGUGUACAUAAAUGCGUAAAAAUAAUUCUAAUGGUGCUCAUGCACUUCUUGGUAGUUAAAUAUUGGGGGAAAGAAUCAGGGGAACUAAUUAUACGAACUCAAUAUUUAUUGAUUCAAUCCUUCUCAAGUUGUAAGGCUUGGGGUAGAGGUUUUUCAUCACUACCUACUGUCACACCUCAAUAUUUAUCAGAAUGAGUUUUAAGUGAAAGAAAUUAUGAGUGAAGCUAAAGCAAUGAGGAUUGUAAAGUUUACACAAUAGCCUUGUAGAUUAGUUUGGGAGUUUCCACAUGACACUACAGGUGUCUUGGGUCAACUUCAACAAAUGGUUUUUGAAGAUUAAUGUACUAAUAGAACGAUUUUGUAAUAAAAGUGACUAGGUAUUUGAAAAUGCCUUUUUGAACUAGUGACUUCAGAACCAUUGAUCAUGGUCAUAAUUUUAGAGGCUCUAUUUAAUACGCACAAGACAUUCAUAAAUAUUGUUACUACAUUUCCUUGUAUCAUUCCCAUAGGGCCAUAUCUUUACCAAAUUAAAUUAUCAGAAGAGUGCAUAGUUUUUUAUGUUGUGUACUAAAAAUGGAACAAGUUUUAAAAAAUGGAACAAGUUUUAAAAAAUGAAAAAAUGUUUUGAAAACCACAAAAAGAAUUUUUUUAAAAAACAAAGAAAAUAUGUCUUGGAAAAUCGAAAUUGUAAAAUGUUGUUUCAAGAAAAGAGAGAACCACAAAAAUAUGUUUUUGAAAAUAUGAGAAAAAACACUAGUAAUGCAAUUGAUUUCCUCCGGAGGGUUUCUCUGCGAUAUAUGUGAAGAGUUACUUUAUUUAUUAGUCAUCUCAUGAAUUUCUACUUAAAAAUAAGAAAUUAACAUGUAAAAUCAAAACAAAGGGAGACUCAAAAUAAGAUUUUUAGGAAAAAAAAAUAUGUUUGGGAAUUGAUUUGUAAAGUAGAAAAGCCAAGAAAAUAUGUUUUUAGCCUUCUUGGAGGUAGUAGGUUUGUAGGUCAUUUUUGGGUAGAUUUGGAUAAUUUUGUUACCCCCUAAAGGACACUGGCAUUUUUGUCAUGUUAAAAGUAAUAAAAUUACUCCAACUUGUAUUAGAUUUUCAUUUAUGCAUGCAUGGAAGCAAAAUAACACCUAGGAAAUGGUAUAUCACAAGUAAGAAUAAGUGCUGGUUCUAUUUUCGAAAACUUUGUGUUGGGACAGCGGAAGCGCACGAAUAAGAAAGAUUCAAAGAAAGCCAAUAAAGCAAGCACACACAAACACAAGAUAUACAUGGUUUAGCCAAAACGGGCCUACGUCCAUGGAUGAGAAGAGAUUCCACUAUGAUUCGUAGAGAUAUUACAACAAUAGAGUACCAACACCACGUACAUGUUAUUUUACCAUGUACCACUCCACGAGCUUAUCUCCUUGCUAACAGUGCCACUGGUGUUUUUCCUACUCUAUUAACCCAUAAACUACCUCUACCCAUCAACUAUCUCACGAGAUUACUUCUCUCAUUCUCAUACGUCUCAACCCAAACCCUAUGUAUCUAUUAAUAUAGUUCCAAACCCAAUUCCUUGUUGAACAAGGAUUACAAUUUCUUAGAGUCCAAAACUUGCCAAACAAGAAAUUGCCAAACAGAAUACAAUUCAAAAAUUGAAACAUAAUUAGAAUAGGAAUUUGUGACACUUUGGUUGUAAACCUUGUGCUUGCUAAGGAUGUUUCCUCCCUUUCAUAUCCCUUCAUAUUUUCCAAAUUCGUUUGCCCUUUCCCUUUUACCUAUUUUUGUGUCAAAACCAUUUUGAUCAUGAAUGUUACACAUUAAUUGGUAUAGAGAUUCAUCUUAGUUGACUGAUAAACUGCUUCUUUAGAAAUGAAGGUUAUAAAUAUAUCAUGAGAGCAGGAUGACCACGAAGGAAAGAAUUUUAGGCUUCUACAUGAACUAUAAGAUCAACAGGCCUUAAGUUGACCUAGAUUUGCUGAAGUUUCAAUCCUUGGCAACUAUCAGGCUUGUUUUCCUACGGCAUCACACAGUCAAGGAGCUGUUGGAGUGGAAACUGAGAAAGCUUUUUAUUUUAACAUGUUGAUGUAUGAGGAGGUAGAAGCACUAAUGAUUGAUGCUGCAGCUUCAGGCCUUUGCACUUUGGCAAAUCUGCUAACAAAUUGGAGGACCAAAAUCGUGGACGCGUCUCGACUUUCGAUUUUGGCCUCAUUCCCGAACUUUCAGCACCAACAUAGCACUUUGAGGAUAGAGCCACUAGCCAUGGUGCAGUGACAUUUGAAGCAGCAGACAAUUGAAGAAGAAAAAUAAGGCAAAUUAUAUUCUUUUGGCACUGCCAUUAGGGUAAACCUUCACCUGAAGCCAAUGUUGCGAACUCAUUGAAGGAGUAUUUAGUAAGUAAAAGCAAGAAUGGCAAUGACCUACCAGAUUGGAGAUGCAUGAGGUGGUCACUGAAGUGCCUGGACUAACUAGAGAAUGAGCGGCAAUUUGGAGGAGUUUUUCAGUUUGUUGAAAUCUUUUUUUGUUGAAGAAAACUUGGUGCGGAUACAAUUUUUUAUUACAUGGUUAGAAGAUAUUGUUAUUUCUAUUUUUUGUCAUGAUUCAAUAUGCUCAAAUCAAACACUUGUUACCACUGCUAUGAUGUUGUUUUGUUUAUGUCAUGGGGCUUGUGAUGUAAUAUCUUGUGAUUUUUGGAGAAGAGAAUACUAGAUACAUGGUGGUAUACAGCAUUGUGCUUUUCUCUAGUCUUGUUAUUGA